UUUGAGUUGUAACUAGAGCUCCUUUGUGAAUAAAAAUCAAUCAAGCAAUCAAUAUAACGUUGAUGCCGGGGAAAAUGGAUGUUGGACUGCUCUUGUUGAUGCUCACUGCGAGCUUCACUCUUCCUCACGGUACUGCAGGUGAACAGCUCACGGAGGACAAGGUGAACCUCGGAUGGCCGAAAUUUUUCAACCCAGAGAAGGCCAUCCUGCGUAAGCAGGAGGACGCCUUGAAGAGAAAGAAGGCCUCUGAGGCGGACAAGUCGAGCCUCCUGUCCUCCGUGGCCAGCAGUGGAGAGCUGCUCGUGGACAACCGGCUUGCCAACGUCAUCAAGGAUAAAGAUAGACUCGAGUGGCCUGACUUGGAAGAUUUUAAAAUUAAAGAUGAGCUCAGAGGCACGCUGAUUCCGCUGACGGCCGCUGGGCCAGUCAGCGCUCAGUGGCAGCAGCAAGUCAGCAGAGACCACUUGACUGACAUCCUCGCUGAACUGAGCAACUUGACUGACGUCUACCACACGCUCAGCGAGACCUCAUCCGACGGCCUCCGUCUCGCCACGCCGCUGUUCCGUCGCCGCUUCUCGCCCAGCCUCGGCAAGUACGGGACCGAGCUCACCUUCUACGCCGGGACGGCCCCUACCUCCUGCAUAUACUACGGCAACUGGUGGGGCUUAUUGCUAUUCUAUGGCUUAUUAGCAAGCCAUAUUAUUAUUCAUAAGGCUAAUAUGGCGUGGCUUAUUGCUAUUCUAUGGCUCAUAAUUCGGUCGGAGGCGACCUGCGUGAACCGCGUCUGCGAGUGUGACGUUGAAGCAGCGCUAUGCCUCGCGUCUGAGCUCCGUGAGGCGGAGGGUGAAGAGCUCCGUGAGGCGGAGGGUGUAGAGCACGGUGAGGCGGAGGGUGAAGAGCACGGUGAGGCGGAGGGUGAAGAGCUCCGUGAGCCGGAGGGUGAAGAGCUUGGUGAGGCGGAGGGUGAAGAGCACGAUGAGACGGAGGGUGAAGAGCACGGUGAGGCGGAGGGUAGAGAGCUCAGUGAGCCGGAGGGUGAAGAGCACGAUCAGGCGGAGGGUGAAGAGUUCGGCCAAUAAGAUUUCGAAGACGCGCCGGACGUUCCUCUGUACUGAUGACUGAAGCCAGUAGCACUUGAGUCGCCACCUUUAAUAAAAGUAUCUCACCUCAAAUUGAACAAAGCAUUGUAAUAAAAAAUAAAAAAUUAUCCUGAUAGCUACGAAACAGUGUUGAAAUGGGUUUCCCUUAGAAAAGCUUAUUAUGAUCAAUGUUGUAUCGUUUAUCUAUAAGUGUGGUAUAUAGAUGUUAGAAAUGGGUUUAAUGCGUCAUUUGCGGUAGAACAUUUACGUUGAUGGGUCUUAGCCGUAGUUAGAAACGAACAUAAAUGUUUUAGUUUUUGUCUGAAAACUUCUUCUGCUCUCAGUUUACCUUCAAUGAAUAAAAUUUUAAUUUC